AUGAUUACGUCGCUCCCCAUGAUAUCCGGAGAGGAAUAUGGCCAAGUCCUAUCCGACUUUUUAAAGCAAAUUGGUUUCCGGAUGCCCUCUAUUGGCUAUGAUUCCUCCCUCGAGCAACCCGUGGUAGAAUACUUCGCCCGUCAGCCAUGGGAUAAUCAUCUCAAACAAAAAGCAGCUAAAAUGGCGAAGUGGAUGUCUACGGGCUUAGGAAUGUGUUAUCCAUAUGCAAGUCGACAAUCGCAGAUUGCGUAUGGCAUCCACGCAACUUUUGUCCUGUUUAUUGAUGAUAUUGUUGUGGAGUUAGGGAAAUCCCUGGAUCACUUCCAGCAGAACCUUGUGCAAGGUAAAUCACAGGAACACUCUGUUCUGCAAUCCUUGGUGGAUUUUCUCGCACUGGAAGACGGAUAUCUGGGUUCAUAUGGCCGCUCAAUGAUGCUGAAAUCAACUAUUGAAUUUGUCAGCGGAUGCAUCAUCGAACGGGACUAUGAUGGUAAAAUGCAACCACCAUUCAAAGCGACAAAGUUUCCGGACUACCUGCGUCAGAAAACUGGCUACACCGAGCCAUACGCCCAUUUUGUCUACCCCGAAGAAAUGUUUCCGGAGGCAACUCAUUUACAACUUUAUCUACCACUCAUCCAAGACCUCUGUGAAUUCAUCAGCUAUGGAAACGACAUUCUGUCCUUCUUCAAAGAGUCCGUUAUUGGCAAUGAACGAUUGAACUACAUCUGCAACGUGGCCUUUGUCAACGACAUUUCUCCUGCUGAUGCAUUGCGCUUGGUAUGUCACAACGUGGUGGAAAAUAUCAAAAGCAUACGCACUGUUCUUUCGGAUCACCCCUCUAUGCUCAAAAUCACUGAAGAAUUCCUAUGCGGAUAUAUCGCCUGGUACAUCAACCAAGAUCGUUAUCACUUGACGGACAUCACUGUCCGGGAUAUAGAAGAUGAAAUCAUUCAGCAAACACCACGGGAACCGCAGUCAGUUCACAUUACCCGCACCCUGGGAGUGUUGCAAGAAAGUGAUAUCGAGAGGCAGGACACUCAGGUCGCUUGCAUUUGA